UAUAAGUGGCCUACUGGGCGUUCCUCCGCUUUUCGGUAGCAGUGCGGGCAGCUGGGAGAGGUGAGUUUCGUGGGCGGCUUGCCCUGAGACUGCAUCUCAGGGAUAAUGGCGGAAGGCGAUAAUCGCAGCACCAACCUGCUGGCCGCGGAGACUGCAAGUCUGGAAGAGCAGCUGCAAGGAUGGGGAGAAGUGAUGCUGGUGGCUGAUCGAGUCCUCAGAUGGGAGAAGGCCUGGUUUCCACCUGCCAUCGUGGGUGUGGUUUCUCUGGUGUUUCUGAUUAUCUAUUAUCUAGAUCCAUCUGUUCUGUCCGGCGUAUCCUGUUUUGUUAUGUUUUUGUGCUUGGCUGAUUACCUUGUUCCCAUUCUAGCACCUAGAAUUUUUGGCUCCAAUAAAUGGACCACUGAACAGCAGCAAAGAUUCCAUGAAAUUUGCAGCAAUGUAGUAAAGACUAGACGCAGAGCUGUGGGCUGGUGGAAACGCCUCUUUACACUAAAAGAAGAAAAGCCCAAAAUGUACUUCGUGACCAUGAUCAUUUCUCUUGCUGCGGUUGCUUGGGUGGGACAGCAAGUCCAUAACCUGCUUCUCACCUGUCUGAUAGUGACUUUCUUACUGUUGCUUCCUGGACUGAACCAACAUGGAAUCAUUUCGAAGUACAUUGGAAUGGCCAAAAGAGAAAUAAACAAGCUUCUGAAACAAAAAGAAAAGAAAAAUGAAUAAUACAUCUGCUUUAUUCGGUGGUUAAUGGAAUAGGCAUUGCCCUGGGAAUAGUUUCUACUGUGCUGUGUGGAUACUGAAAUGCUACAGAAGUAGCUCUUUGCUUUCCCUCACUCUGCCCUUAGUAGAAAUUCUCACUUGCCAGUAAGGCUUUGUGCAUAGUAUCUUUGUGUUAAUUGUAGCUGGGUACAUUCUCAUCAGUUGGCCUUAAUUGGGCAACUCACUAGUGAGUAAGGCUUGUUUUGAUUUUUCUCACCCGGGGUUAACUGAAUUCUUACUUUUGACAACUUCUUUUAAAAUAAUACAGUGGUGAACUUUACUCUUUAGUACGGUUAACAGUGACUUUGGAUAAUAGUUUGGCUUGACGUUUGCUUUAGCUAGAUAGAAGGUAGUAUUCUGUGGCUCCAGGAAGCUGGUUGUACUGUCUGCUUCCACAGUCUGCUUAAAAAACCGUGUGGCCCUGUGAAUACAAAGACCAAGUUUACCACACCUGAUGAAGAGACCAGUUAGGAGUCAUUCCUUGCACUGUUUCUUUACCAUUGGAGAAGAAUCUCUAUGGAAUAAAGUGAAAUUGAUUCUGUGCCCUAGUAUGUGUGGGUUUCUCCCUUGUGCAGAACAGUAAUCUCUAGGCAGUAUUGAUCCUUUGUCUUACAUGGGGAAUCAGACAGGUGUAGAGCUCUUCUUCCCCUGCCCUACUUGGUCAGUGAAUCCUUAAAGGCUUUUU